UGACAGAUAGUGACAACACGUCGAAAAUGGCUGACUCUGGCCCGAGUAAAACCGAUAUUGAAGCAAUUUUUCAAAGAUUACGUUCGAUUCCUUCGAAUAAAGUAUGUUUCGACUGCAACGCAAAGAAUCCUACGUGGUCGUCGGUGACGUACGGGGUGUUCAUCUGCCUCGACUGCUCGGCAGUGCACCGCAGCCUCGGCGUGCACCUCACAUUCGUACGCUCUACACAGCUGGACACCAACUGGACAUGGAAACAGCUCCGGAACAUGCAGCUUGGCGGGAAUGUGAAUGCUACCCAGUUUUUCCGCACACAUGGACUCUCCACAGAAGAUGCUCGUCAGAAGUACAGUUCUCGUGUUGCACAGAUGUACCGUGACAAGUUGAGCGCCAUGUCUGAACAAGCUAUGAAGACAUAUGGGACCAAGGUUUGGGUGGGGGGCGCAGUCGGAGGCGAGAUAAGUUCCCAGGCGCGGCUGUGGGCCCCCGCGGGGCCGGCGCCCGCGCAGCCCGCCCGCAAGGGACCCGCCAAGCGGACCGGGUUGGGUGCGCGUAAAGGCGGGCUCGGCGCCACCAAGGUGGCCGCGAACUUCGAGGACAUCGAGCGCGAGGCCAUCAUGGCGGAGAAGCUGAAGGCGGAGGCGGCGGCCAGCGGCGCCAGCGGGGGCGCCGGCGGCGGCGCCACGCUGGAGAGCGUGGAGCAGGAGGUGGCGUCGCUGCGGCUGGCGUACGGCGGGCCGGGCGCCGGGCUGGGCGCCGGCCCGGGCGCCGGCGCCGCGCGCCCGAACGCCGACCGACUCGGCAUCGCCAGCGCCACGGCCGCCACGCGCGCCGGAGUGUCCCACUCGGCCACGUCGGACAUGACGCUCAUAGAGCAGGAGGACGCGCCCACUGCGCGUGCGCAGCUCGACGACAUCGACGACUUCACUUCUUCCUUUACCAUGAUCAGAAACGAGCCAUACGGCAACAGUCGCAACUUGGACAAACUGUUCGGUGACAGCGACCGCAAGUGUUCCUCGUACGACAACCUGGGCGGGGGCGGAGUCACGCGCAUCUCUCCCGAGCCGGCCCGGCCCGUGCACACCAUGUUCGGGGGCGCCGCCCCCAGCGCCGCGGGGCCCGACGGGGGCGCCGCCCCCGCCGCCUCCCGCAGCCGGCCUCGCCGCGCGGAGCCCGAGGACGACUCCGCUGUCAAGAAGUUCGGCUCCGCCAAGGCCAUCAGCUCCGCACAGUUCUUUGGAGAGCAGGAAUCCCGCUGGGAGCGCGACUCCAACCUGUCGCGGUUCCAGGGCAGCAACAGCAUCUCGUCCGCCGAGUACUUCGGGGGCGCGGGGGGCGCGGGCGCAGGCGCGGGGGCGCGGGGCGCGCGCGCCUUCAGCGUGGGCGCGCCGGACCUGGACGACGUACGCGAGUCGGUGCGCGCGGGCGUGACGCGCGUGGCGGGACGCCUGUCGUCGCUGGCCAACGGCGUCGUGUCCUCCAUACAGGAGCGCUACGGCUACUGAGCGUCCGCCGCGGGGCCCCUGUCGUCGCUGGCCAACGGCGUCGUGUCCUCCAUACAGGAGCGCUACGGCUACUGAGCGUCCGCCGCGGGGCCCCUGUCGUCGCUGGCCAACGGCGGCGUGUCCUCCAUACAGGAGCGCUACGGCUACUGAGCGUCCGCCGCGGGGCCCCUGUCGUCGCUGGCCAACGGCGGCGUGUCCUCCAUACAGGAGCGCUACGGCUACUGAGCGCCCGCCGCGGGGCCCCUGUCGUCGCUGGCCAACGGCGGCGUGUCCUCCAUACAGGAGCGCUACGGCUACUGAGCGUCCGCCGCGGGGCGCCUGUCGUCGCUGGCCAACGGCGACGUGUCCUCCAUACAGGAGCGCUACGGCUACUGAGCGUCCGCCGCGGGGCGCCUGUCGUCGCUGGCCAACGGCGACGUGUCCUCCAUACAGGAGCGCUACGGCUACUGAGCGUCCGCCGC